UGGAAGAAACUGGGUGGACUAAGAAUUAGCACAGCUAGUUGAUUUUAGACAUUUUAAGUAGAUUGAUGAAGAGAACCUUGCUUUCUUAAGAAAUUGUUCAAUGUUGCUGAAAAAUCAAAUGGUUUAAUGAUUUACUAAUUUCUUCUUCAUCAACUUGAAUUGGGUGAGUCUUGGCUAGUUUUUUCAGGGUUGUGAUUUUUUAAGUUAUUUGGGCUGGAGUGUGGUGCAGAUUUAUGGUUGAAUGACCUGUAUAGUCUUUGUCUCCCUUCACUGAGACAUUUGUUUAUGUUCUCAUAGACCUCUGAUUAACUUGCAGUAUCUCUUUUUUUGUUUAACAUAAUUUCAAUGUUUCACAUGAGAAAAAAAGUUAUAUAACAUUUUGAAGGUACUUUUGUAUCUUUUUUAAAUAAGAUCACGCAAUUUCAGUCUCUCUGUUCUAGAAAAAUAUUUUGCAUGAACCAAUCCAAAUGUUUGUGGGACCCUCUUCUCUUUUCCGUUUUGACAGGUACAUUUAUCUUGUAACUUAUAAAGCACCGGCAUUAGACUGUAAGGUCUGAUUGUAAAAUUUUAUCUUACGAGGAAAAAUUCAGAAGUUUACAAAUAACAGUUAUAAUUUUUAGAUACUGUAGGAUCUUACUGAAGGUUCCUUUGUUAUCUCUUUGUAUGUCUCACGCUUUUCUUUUUUAAUGCUUCUUAAGUGAACUAAUCUUGCAAACUGUUGCACGACUUCAUGUGAUUUAAUAUCUGAAGUUUAUUGGGGUAACAGGGGUGGUCGUGUGAGAUGGGAUGAGGAUAAUCUGGGGGAAAUUGAAGCAAAUAAACCCGUAAGGCAGAAAAUUACUGAACCCAAGACACCAUAUCACCCCAGGAUUAAUGAUGAUGGUUCUCUGUCGCCUAUUCGGGGCAGCUUUAAUGAAUGUAUUGACUCUGUUACUGAUGCAAUGGAUGCUGAAGAAUUACGGACUGCUUUGAAUGAUGUUGCUUCUUCUAGUAAACAAACCAGUGGCCCAUCCGGCUGGUCAUCAUCAGAGGAUGAGGCAGAUCCUAUGGAACAAGAUGAAGAAGAUUCUGAAAUGGGUAGGAGUUUGAGUUUUAAGGAGCACAGAAAAGCACACUAUGACGAAUAUCUGACAGUAAAAGAACUCCGGCGUAAUGGUUCUGUGCUUGAUGAUGUAGACGAGGAUGAGGGUGAGAAGCAAAAUGAUGGAAGAUCUGCUUCAACUUCAUCAGUAAGUGCUGGUGUUAAGUGUAUAGACAUCGAGGGGGAGACUGCAAAUCUGCCCCAACAAUCUUCAGCACCACCAACUAAUGGAGCUUAGUAGCCGCCAUCUGGCCAAUGUGAGAUGUAAAGUGACUAUUUUGGCAUCUUUGCUUACAACAUAUCUCCGUGUAUGUUUACUAACAAU